AUGAUCUGGCGGCCGUCGGGGAGGAUGUGUGAGGUGGCGUACCAGCGGCGGCGGGAGAGGGAGGAGGGGACCUCGCGCCAGUCGCAGGAGGGGUCGGAGCAAGAGGCGGACGACGCGGUCGCCGUCGUUGAAGCCGCCGGCCUGGGCGAGGGUGCCGUCAGGGGAGACGGCGCCGGAGGAGCACCAGACGUCUGUGAGGACCAUGAGGGGGCGGACGGAGGGGGCGUUUUGGAGGGAGGAAGGGUUGUAUUCGACGGAGUGAGCGGUGCAGUCGAGGGGAACGACUUUGUCGCGGGGGUCGUUGCGGCAGCGGCCGUUGCCGAGGGAGAUGUUGGAGAGGCCGAAGUCGGUGCGGUCGAAGAUGACGACGUGGUCGUUGUGGAGGAGUUGCAUGUGCAUGGCCGAGAUGCCGAUGCUCGACUCCAGGAAGGACCACCGGCCAGCGGCGGCGACGGGGAGGAGGAGGAGGAGGAGAAAGGGGAGGAUGGGUGGGAAGGGCAUGUUUGGAAGGUGAUUGCUCAUGAGGUCAUGAAUCACGCAAGGAAUAUGUGUACAAAAUAUUAA